AGGAAAUCGGACUUCCAAGUCCCGAGAUCCGCAUAAUACCUCGGUACUCAUGAGCAUUGCAGCAUGCUGCAUGGUAGACUAUCUAGGAUAGAGGAGGCGCCAACUGCACCAUGACGGAUUGAAAUUUUGGCAUGGGGAUGUCCGCUUACAAUGCAGGCUGCAGCUGAGCUCCGGAUGCGGCGGCCAAGCAGCUUCUGAGCCGGCAAGCACGAAUCUUUGAUGCUCGAGACGCCUUACCCAGAUUUUGAGAAGACUUCAGAACUUUGCUGUGCUGUAAGAAGCCGUUGUAGAGCUCGAGCAGCUUUCAGCAAAGCGCCGACGAAAGGAAGCUGCCAGCUGUGUCUCCCGCCCUUGAGACUCAGAGGGCCACAAUGGCAAGGCCUCGGUUGGACGCCAACCGUGGGGGCGUCACUGACAGCAAGAUUUGCUUAGCGGUGUUUGUUGGCGUGGCACUUGGGGUGCUGGUGUCUCUGCUCCAGUUAGGCGGGGACAGCAACCAAUGGCUGAGCCAGCUCAGAACCACCGCAGACGCUGCAAAUCUAGCACGAGAAGGACAGGGACUGGGCCCCCAACAUCUGGAGGAGCGGCUGGCAGAACUAGAGGAGGAGAAAAACGCACUCGAGCAGAAGCAUGAGGCGGCUGUCCGGCAACGUGAAAACCUUGCCGCCGAAGCCGCAGUUCUUCGGAAGAAACUACAAGCCGCCCUGCAAGAAGGCGUGUCCUUAGCUGCUGCUGAGGGAAACGACCCGCAGCUUGAGAUUGACAGUCUGAAGAAGCAACUAGAGAAGGCUCGCGAGACGUACCGGCAGCCGGCACGGGUGAAAAAGGAGGAGCGGCCGGUGGCGGGGCCGCCGGGGUCGAUAAAGGCAGAGAGGACAUUCCCGACAAUUGUGCCGGAUCCGAAAGUGAACACGGAGCUGGCAAAGAUCCUCGAAAAGGUGGCGGUCAGCAAGGAGCUCAUUGUCGCCGUGUCGAACAACAACAUCCGGCCAAUGCUUCAGACGUGGUUCGAGAACGUGCGGCGCACGGGGGCGACCAAUUACCUCGUCGUGUGCUUAGACGACGAGAUUGCCGAGUUUUGCGAGGAGAACGGCGUCCCGUACUACCGGAAGACGCUCGAGAUCCCCGACUCGCAGAAGAACGCGGGGUCGAACCACGCGAUCUCGGGGCUCAAGUUCCACAUCCUGCGGGAGUUCAUGCUGCUCGGAUACAGCGUGCUAUUAUCGGAUGUUGAUAUUGUAUUCCUCCAAAAUCCGUUCAAGUUUCUGUAUCGGGACUGCGAUGUUGAGGGGAUGACCGACGGGCAUGACAAUUUUACGUCGUACGGGUUCGAUGACGUGUCUGAUGAUCCGAAGAUGGGGUGGUCACGGUAUGCGCACACGAUGCGGAUAUGGGUCUUCAAUUCGGGGCUGUUUUACAUCCGCCCGACGGCGGCGUCGAUUGAGUUGCUGGAUAGGGUCGCGGACCGGUUGAGUAAAGAGAACGCUUGGGAUCAGGCGGUGUUCAACGAGGAGCUCUUCCGGCCGUCGAGUCCGGGGUACGACGGGCUUCACGCGUCAAAACGGGUGCUAGAUUACCUUCUCUUCAUGAACAGCAAGGUACUGUUUACUCGAGUACGAAAGUCCUGGGAGUUGGAAAAGAUAAAGCCAGUGACAGUUCACGUGAACUACCACCCUGACAAGUACGAGAGGAUGUUGGCGGUAGAGCGGUAUUAUGUGAAGGGAGAGAAGGGUGCGCUUGACGGCUUUCCUGAUGGAUCAGAAAGGUAG